AUGAGUGGUGUCCUGGAGAACACAUUUACAGUCAUUCUGAGUGUGGAAUUUGUAAUUGGCAACUUUGGGAAUGUAUUUAUAGCAGUGGUGAACAUCAGAGACUUAGUCAAGAGAAGACAGAUCUCUUCAAUGGAUCAGAUCCUCACUGCUCUGGCCAUCUCCAGAAUUGUGCUGCUGUGGUUAGUAUUACUGAAUUGGUGUCUAUCUAUGCUUUAUCCAGAAGGAUGGAUAAAUGAAAGAAUGGUUGGGAUAAUCUGGACAGUAUCCCACCAGUUUAGUCUCUGGUUUGCUACAAGUCUAAGCAUCUUUUGCUUUUUCAAGAUAGCAAAUUUUUCCAGCACUCUUUUCUUUUAUUUUAAAUUUAGAGUUAAAAAAGCAGUGAGAGUGACGUUGUUUGCAUCUUUGUUUCUCUUGUGUUUAAAUAUUAUAGUUAUUAAUUUACCUGAGAACAUCUUGAUGACUGAGUAUAAAGUAAAUAAGUCUUACAACUUGAGUUUGAAUAACAUACAGCCUUCCGCGCUAUGGCUUUUAUUUGCAAACACCAUUUUCACGUUCAUACCCUUUUCUGUGUCCCUGGUCACUUUUCUCCUGCUCAUCUUCUCCCUGUGGAAACAUCUGAGGAAGAUGCAGCAGAGUGCUCAAGGAUGCAGAGACGCCAGCACUACGGCACACAUCAGAACCUUGCAGACAAUAAUUGCCUCUCUCCUCCUGUAUGUCCUUUUCUUUCUGUCUCUUGUUGCUAACAUUUGGGGGUCUCUGCUUCUGGAAAAAAGAAUGCUGCUUUUGAUUACACAGUCUUCAAGAGCUGCUUUUCCUUCAGUGCACCCCUUUGUCCUGAUUCUGGGAAAUACUAAGCUGAGAAAGGCUUCUCUCUCUGUGCUGCUGUGGCUAAGAUGCAGGCACGAAGACAGGGACCCUGAGGUGCAGAGAACCAGGACUUAUUUGUGUAGGUCAUCUUGCAUACCUUAA